GAGUCCAUGGUUCCGGUAAUAGCACGUCCAGUGGCAAAGAUAGAAUUUCGAAAGUGAAGUACAUAGAGACCUGUCUCUAGCAGUGAAGAAUCUUUCCCCAAGAAUUCUUCCUUGUGGCGCGGGUUGCCCUUGCCCAUGCUACCGCAUUUUUGCUAAAUAUUUGAAGCAGUAAAUACCAAAGGUCUUAGCAAGCCUACUUGCUACGCUGCCUGAGUGUGGGGAUUUCUGAAAUAGAAGAGAGUGUCUCUAUGAUCCCACAAAAGCCAAACCUCAUCUCAUUUGCACUGACUAGACUUGGAUCAUGGCGGAUCCAAACAGACCCCCCCAACGGAAGAUGUCCACAGCCGGGGACAGUCUGUACAAGAUCCUGGGACUGGAGAAAGGAGCAUCUACAGAAGACAUUAAAAGAGCCUACAGGAAACUGGCAUUGAGGUAUCACCCAGAUAAGAACCCAGAUAACCCAGAGGCUGCUGAAAAGUUCAAGGAGAUCAACAACGCCAACUCCAUUCUGAACGAUGAGACCAAGCGAAAAAUCUAUGAUGAGUAUGGCUCCAUGGGGCUGUAUGUGGCUGAUCAGUUUGGGGAGGAGAGCGUCAAGCACUACUUCCUAAUGUCCAAGUGUUGGUUUAAGGCUCUGCUUGUGUGCUGCUCGAUCUUCACCUGCUGCUGUUGCUGCUGCUGCUGCUGUUUCUGCUGUGGAAAGUGCAAGGCUCCUGAGGAUGAGGAGGACUACCUUUACGUGGACCCUGAAGACCUGGAGGCCCAGAUAAGGGCAGAGCAGGAUGGAGGAGCGGACCCAGUGACAACUGAUCAGCCGAUGCCCAGCUCAUCUACUGAAAACUCAGGACCCAAUGCCCCUGUCGUGAUCCAGCCAAAUUCCGUCAACAGCACUUCAGAGGCUGCGGAUCUCGCAGAUGCCACAGAGCCGUGAACCAGAGGCUCGGAACCCAGCUUGUGCAGCCUCACCCCACCACCUUUCCGGGUCCAUGGUUCCAUCCAGUUGCUAACUGGGAACUGUUUGCCAUGUCUUUUGCCUUUUAUUAUUUUUUUACAAAAAUCAUUCUUUUGGUUACGUUUGGCCGCCUGUUUGAGGAGGGGACCACUCCCUGAACACUGAUGUUGUGCAUGGUUGAAGAACAAUCAGGACGUUCAAAAAAUCUAUCUUAAAGCAUGCAUCAGUUUAGCACCAUCUUGUUGACAAUGUACAACACUGAUCUUCUGAAUGUGAAUUGGCACAAGCACGCACAUGCAUACAUGAAAUGGCCUGCAUGUCGACCUGUCAAUACUAGUAUUUCUGAACCAGAUGCUACCAGCCAUUGUUGAGGUGCCAUUCGUUUCUACAAAUUCUGAAGCACUUCUGUUGAACCUUGGUUACUGUUCCAAACUUUCUUACUGACUGAAAACAAAAUGGUUGUUUUGCAAUUGCCCAAUAAUUCAGUUUCAAUUAA